GAUCGCAGUUGUCACCUGAAUUCUCAUCGUCUCUUCUUACUCACUCAGUGCUCACCAAACAAGACCAAAACUUUCUCAUCGUCUCCUCUCCUCUCCUCUCACGACUACAAACGCCCCCAUCUCUCACUGUAAAACGAGCAGCCUAUGCCUUUGAGGCCCGACCCGGAUUUGGGGGAAGACCCGAUCGAGAAAGGAGGAGGAGAGUGGAUCUGAGACGAAGCGCCGGAAUCGGAUAUGGUCAGAAACCUGAGUGCGAAGCGCCAAUCGGGUGGGGCGAUAGUGCUGGCGAUGUUGAUCUCCUUCAUCUUCGUAGUAUUCUUUUUCUCAAUUGGAGAUAGUCGGAAUUAGGGUUUUUGUGUUGAUCUCAAUUUUGAACAAUAUGGCCAAAUUCAGAGACAGAAUGGAAGAUUUCAAAGACGCUGUGCGCCAAGCUGCCAUUUCUUCCGGCUACAACGAGUCCAAAUUGGCAGCGAUUAUGGCCAAGUUCAUUAUACAUGCACCUCGCCAAAGGUCUCCUUUCACCAGAGCUGCUUACAAGACGCUUGAAAGCAUUGGAGCUCUGGAACAGUUUAUGUUGAAACAUCGAAAGGAUUAUGUGGAUCGGCAUCACACCACUGAACAUGAGAGAGAUAGCAUUGAGCAGGAAGUUAAUGCUUUUAUUAAAGCGUGCCAAGAACAAAUUAAUGUUCUCAAAAAUAGCAUUAAUGAUGAGGAGGCACAGUCAAAGGGCUGGCUUGGUAUUAGGGCUGAUCACUCUAAUGCUGAUACUAUAGCACACAAGCAUGGGGUGGUUUUGAUUUUAAGUGAGAGACUUCAUUCUGUCACGUCACAGUAUGAUCAGCUAAGAUCCAUACGCUUCCAAGAUACCUUUAGCAGAGCAACACCAAGAAGAAAACUUAACCGGAAUCCCAAAUCAAAAUCCGAAGAUACCUCCAAUUCUAACAAUUUAGAGGUCCGAGAACCUGAAGCAUUUCAGGCGCAGUCUCUAACCGUCCAACAACAGCUCUUGGAUGAUGAAACACGCGCCCUUCAGGUAGAGCUGACUAGCCUUCUAGAUGCAGUUCAGGAAACUGAAACUAAGAUGGUGGAAAUGUCUGCACUAAAUCACCUUCUGUCUACACAUGUUCUGCAACAACGUGAACAAAUAGAGCAACUAUAUGACCAAGCAGUUGAAGCCACACACAAUGUAGAUCUCGGCAACAAAGAGCUUUCCAAAGCAAUCCAGAGAAAUACCGGCAGCAGGACCUUUCUUUUGCUCUUCCUAUUUGUACUUACUUUUUCCAUUAUCUUCCUUGAUUGGUAUAGUUAAAAACUUAAAAUGUACCGAGUUACCAUAGUUUUGAUAAUACACACUCACUUAGGGAAUAUAUGCUCAUGUAACUUCCACAAAGGAAAUUGGAAAACGUUCAAAAAUUUGAGUUCAGUGAUUUUUCAGUAUUCACAGUUUGAUGGAAAUCUAUAUAUAUGCAAUUGUUGUAUGGUGUU